GAGGAUGAGGGAUGGAGCAGGACCAGGCUCUGCCCGGUGAAGCAUCUGAACCCGUGAAACCCACUUUCUCUCUCCUUUGAUCCACGUCCACGGGUGGAAAAGCAGAGGAUUCAACAGUCACGAGUGGAGAGAAAGAAAAAGAGUCAGAGAGAGAGAGAGAGAGAGAGAGAGCAGGCGUCAUCAAAGUGUACAUUCAGGAGGAUUUGAUGAGGAGUCUGCCGUCAUAAUCCCACAUCAGAGGCGGAAUAACUUGUGUUAAUUAGAGAUUGGGAGCGGGUGAGAUUGCGACGUGGACGCAGGAGAGCGGAGAGUGUGAGAUUCUGGAGACUUGGAUUUAAAAUAUCUGCGCUUGAGCGUCGACUUUUCUCUCCCCCCCCCCUCACAUGUGAUGUUUUUGCAGCCUCUCUGUGCGUCUGUGUGUUUGCAGCAGACACGGACCGAGGCUGAGCACGGGACCUGUGCGCGUGUGGAGUAACCGCUGUUUGAUGGAAUUUAUUCUUCUUCUUCUGAUGAUGAUGAUGAUGAUUGUUAUUAGGAUGACUGCUGCUGCCUGAGGAGGAGAUUAUUAUUGCCUUGUUUUCGCAGUGAAACUCCACGGGGGAGAAAGAAUCCACGAGGAGUGACAAUAAGUGACAUUCAGCUGAGCUGCGGGUCAACUUCACGAGAGGAGCGCGCGACUUGGACUUUCUGGAAUAUAAGACUCUCGAUGAUUGUCAGAGGACAGAGGAGGAGGAGGAACCGUUCAUCCUGCAACAUGUUCAGAGGAGAAUAGGAAGGAGUGUCGCCUCGUCUCUGUUGGCGCCGCAUUGGAUUUAGAAAAUGCUGCCACUUCACGUCAGAAUGGGCUGUGGGCUGGAGUUCCUGCUGGUCCUCUGUGGUCUGGAGUUGUCCUGGUCCUGCCCUCGCCACUGCACCUGCUACACCGCGCCCAGCACCGUCUCCUGUCAGGCCCACAACUUCCUGUCCAUCCCCGAAGGCAUCCCCCCCGACAGCGAGCGCAUCUUCUUACAGAACAACAAGAUCCACCGCUUACUGCGGGGUCACUUCAGCUCCAACACGGUCACCCUGUGGAUCUACUCCAACAACAUCACGUACAUCGAGCCCUCCACGUUCCACGGCUUCACGCUGCUGGAGGAGCUGGACCUGGGAGACAACCGACACCUGCGCUCGCUGGCUGAGGACACGUUCCACGGCCUGAGUCGCCUCAACGCUCUUCACCUGUACCGAUGUGGACUCAGUUCACUCCCUAACAACAUCUUUCAAGGCCUCAGAAACCUGCAGUAUCUCUACCUGCAGGACAACCAUCUGAAGUUCCUGCAGGACGACACGUUCAUGGACCUGCACAACCUGAGCCACCUCUUCCUGCACGGAAACCGUCUGUGGAGCCUGAACGAGAACACCUUCAGAGGCCUGCGCGCCCUGGACCGGCUGCUUCUGCACCAGAACCAGAUUGAGUGGGUGGACCGCCAGGCCUUCCACGAUCUGAAGCGUCUCACAACCCUCUACCUGUUCAACAACUCCCUCAUACAGCUGUCCGGACAAUGCCUGGACAUGCUGCCUGCUCUGGAGUACCUGCGCCUCAACAACAACCCCUGGGCGUGUGACUGCAAGGCCCUGUCGCUGUGGGAGUGGUUGAAACGCUUCCGAGGCUCGACGUCAUCGGUGGGCUGCCAUUCGCCAGCUGAUAUGGUCGGGAAAGACAUCAAGGAGCUGCGGAAAGAGGAUUUCCCCCACUGCUCGCCCACCGUCCCGAACUCUGAGUCCAGAGCGCAGACUAACAAUUUGUCCGGCACGGUGAACCCGUCGAUGAACCGCGGUGUAGUCUUGGGCUCCGGGGGACAGACCCACAUGGUGCAGCCGUCGAGGCCCGGCCGCCCUCGGAACUGCACAAAGCCUCGCGGCAGAGCAAGCAAAGGCAAAGGUGACAAUGAGGUUCACCACUCCAAGGAGGUCAUGGCCGACAAGGAGGAUUCCUCCCCUGAUUUCACAGACGGGGGAAAACACGACCACACGUCCCCGGACGGCACCGUCACGAGGAGGAAGUACAAGUGCGCCCCGCGGACCACUGUUCGUCCCCCUAGUGGGGUCCAGCAAGCCAACAAUGAGGCGACCUCGUCCGCGUCCUCACUGCACGCCUACGCGCUCUGUGUGGCCUUGAUAACGACAAACAUGGACUACAUCCUCCGCUGACCUGCGGAGGCUUUUCCCUUCAUCACAAAACAAAGACCCUCGGACCCUCGGACUCCCUUUGCUCCUGCACUUCGAGGCCUGUGUCUUAUGUAUGUGUGUGUGAAUGUGAAUAUAUGUGUAAAUGUUGUGUAGGGCGUAUCAAACGGUAUGAAAACGUUCACAGCAGCAAGACUCGCAGCAUAAAAUCCGGAGGUAGGGAGAGAGUGAAACGGUGAACACGGACCAAGCUUGCACUGCCACCGGAGACAGAGAGCGAUUUUCAUCUGCGUUUGUCUGUUUUCUGAUUUUAUGCUUUUAUUUCUUUUAUUCAGCUUCUGUUUUCCCUCAGAAAGUGCAGCACAGGAAAACAACAUUUGGUGGAGAAAAAAAGACCAAAAUAGUUGAGCCAGGUUUACACUGGAUUCUGCCGCGUCGCGGAACGCCACACAUUUCAUUUAGACACGCGUUCAGGCGCCGAGGUGUUUGUGGGGGAAACAGAAGUCUCAACUAUUUUUACCGCUUGUUGUUUCACUGCAAAGAUAGACAGUGAAAAUGAUCUUUCGCCGCAGUUUUAGCUUCUAAAUCUGUCACAAAUGUCACAAACACAACACUUUUCAAAGCAAAAGCACCCAGUGUUUAAGCUCCCUGAUUGUACAGCUCACUAAUGGUGUUAAGUUGAGUGCAGUCGAGUAUUUGAAGUAAAUGUAAGUAUUCUUAAGGCAAACAUCAGCGCUGCACCUGAAUCCAGUGUGAACCAGGUCCAAAAUAUGACAACAGCGUGUUGGUUUGGUCGUCAGCUGCUCGCACCAGCUUCCAUUUUGAGUAUCUGUAAAGAAAAAGAAGCAAAACAAAUGUUAAAAACACUUCAAAUGCUUCUUGCUUUCUGUCUCUCUGUUAAACAUAUUUUUGGUGCCACAGUUUCUCAUAAACAAAGACAAACAGUGAUCGUGUGAAUGAAUCGUCGCCUCAUUUACUCUCCGUCACUCGACAAGAACUUAACAACGCUCAAGUUUUCGUGGAGUCGUCUCCACGGCAACCAAACACACACUUAUGACCACACUCCAGUCGGCUCCUGUGUCGUCGUAAUCAGUUUAUCUUUCUCUCCACGUCUUUAUUUGUUUCCACGUCUUCUGUUUUAAUCUGAUAAAGCAGGGAUUUGAUGAAGUUGUUGAUUGAUUUGAGGAAGAAGUGAUUUUAAAUUGACUUUCACUGAACAAAAUAUUACAAUUUAAUUAAAUUAAUAAUAAUUGGCGGAUUUGUGAUAUUAAAAUAUUGUCCACAACGCCAGGUGUGUGACGAGCGACGGAGAAUAAAUCUGGCUGAAGACAAACAGUAUGAAUUUAAUUAUUAGACAUAUUGAGGCCGUAAAAAGCACAGCAAGUUAUUUGCUACGUGGUUUGAAGCCGAAAUAAAUCACAACAACCUCUCUCAACAUAUCACUGUUUUUCCCCCGGAACUGUAAAAAAGCUCUGUGCUGAUUUUAUAUCUCGUAUAACUCUGUUUCCUACGGAGCGACAUCUGUGGGAAAAACAAUAAUAUAUCACAUUAAUAAUGCGAGUUAUCGCUGUAGUUAUGGUUAGAGUUAUAGUUUUUCUCACCAGUGACAAGUAAACAAUCAGCAACAACCUUGUUUUCAUCUAAACACUCAGCAGCUGAGAGUGAAGUCAGGGACCGUCUACAAAAUAAAACACCUACAUUUACAGUAUCAUGAUUUUAGAGGCACCAACUCUAUCAUGGUGAUUAUUUAAGAUAAAUAAAUCCCAGAAAUUGUGAAUAACUAUGUUUUUCUCUUUGUAAAUACAUGUUCUACUAUAAUCUACAGGAAACCAGUGACGCUUAUACUGAUUUUAUGGCCGCUACUCUGUAAUAUUUGGAACAAAAAUUCUCAGAAAUGAUGAAAGACUGUUUUAUUUUCUAAAAAAAUAUGUUGUAGUAUAAUCUACAGGCGAUAAGUGACGUCUAUAGUGAUUUUAUGGUGAUGAUUUUAGUUAAUAUUCUGACUUAAAAUUGCCAAAGAAAUAUGAAAAAGUAUUAUUUUCUUCCAAAUAGGUAGCAAUGUUUCCUAAAGACUGGGCCGGGACCCACAAAUGGGUCGUGGGAGAUGUUUUUCAGGUCCCCAAACAAAUGACCUUCAUGUUUGUAUGUUUUAAAUGAAGUUUUAAGUAAUUUACCAAAACGAUUAAUUUGCCAAGUCAAAUAUCAUCAUCUCACAAUUUGGGUCAAGAUAGUUUAGCAUCUUUAAAAAGUGGUAAACAGGGACUGAGAGGAGAUUAAUGAAGUGUGUGGAAAUUUGUUUUGUCUGUGUUGCAAUUUGUAGACGGUCCCUGCCUCCGCCGCUGCUGCUGCUCGUUUAGAUCAAAGCAGCUGAUACAACAAUAACCCGUGUUAUUAACACAGGUUUCACGUCUCUUCUUGUGUAAUUGAAUCAUUUGCUGCUAAUUAUUUGUUUGUAUUUGUGUUUCCGUGGCGACGAGGAGCAACAGGAGUCAUUUUACUUUUUUCGCUUGGAGGAAAAACAAAGAGGGAGAAGAUGAAGCUGUGAAUAUGGACGAGUCUGUCUCUAUAUCUCGUGUCAAAUGUUGUUCUUUUCUUUAUUUUUUAUUUUUUUCUUUCGUUUUUUUCGUUCUAAGACACAACAUGGACCAACAGGAGCUUCAGAGGUCAAGGGUCACAGUGCGGAGGAGGGGCGGGGUUGUGACGAACUGAUGAUUUUUUCUCCCUCUCUGACUUUAACUUUACUUCAAAAGGGACAGAAAAACGACGAUGUGUCAAUGACUUUAAAAAAAUAAAUAAAAGAUUUAAAAAAUAAAUAAGAAAAAUAUUAAAAAAAAAACUCUGAAUGGAGCAUGGAGAACACAGGGACGGCGCCGGGAGAAUUUAAUUAAGUCACGCGAUCGUCCGUGGAUCUGAGGAUCUGAGAGCGAGACAAUCGCUUGUGAAGGGACGAGGACACGCAGCGAGACACGAGACACAAACUGUGAAACUGUCUCUGUGUCAGUGAACGAACAAGAAACUUCUUCUUACUGCAGUGCUGAUAGUAAUCAUUUACUGUAUAACUAUGACAAAAACAAUAACAGGGUUUUCUGCUCCUUUUUUUCAUGCUAUAUUUUUUACAUCCUUUUCUUUGUACAGACACAAUCCUUCACCUCCCUCCUCCUCCUCCUCCCACUCUUUGCCUUUUCAUGUACAUUU